GGCGGGCGGGGGCUUCGGGGACACUGGUCUCGGCUCCGCGGCGGACCGCCCCUCCAAGGCUCGCGGCCCCUGCAAACUUGGGCGAUUGUCUCGCUCGGCUUCGCCCGGGCCUCGGGCUCAGGGAUUGUUCAGAAAGGAGAGUCGCGUCUUGCUGGGAUCGCUGAGUUGGCGGAAAGGGUUUUGGGGGAGAGGUCGCUGCAGUUAAAGAGCAACAUUUGAUUCAAACGUGAGCUCCAGGCCGCCCUGCACACUUUACUUCAUUUUUUUUGUUUUGUUUUUGUUUUGCCAUUUGGGGAAAGUAGUUCAAAAGAAAUAGAUCCGAAAUCUGAACAGAAGCGUGCUAAAUCUGUGUAAAUGUGUUUGGCCUCGCCUUUAAUUAGUCCUCCAAAAUGUUGCAAAUCCGUAAUCCUAUCUUCGCAAUCCGAUUUAGAGGUAUUAAAUUUCUGAAAAGUCGGCCGAGCUGCGGUGCAUCCGGGAUUUUUUCGGCCGGGUGCACUUUCUGGAGAAGAACCGCGGCUUCGGUUUGGGGUAACACUUUUGGAGGGGCGGGAGUGCCAGAUCAAGGCAUAGCUUUUCGUUUGCCUUUCUCUGCAAGGGAGAAAAAAUUCCAUGACUUCCUUUGCUCACCCUUCUUCUAACGCGCAGCCACUUGGGCGCCGAGCGCAGGGUCGCCGGCCGUUGCUCAGACCUCUCGCUGGGCGGAGGGCCUGGCCGCGGUGGCGGGAUCUGCGCACGGGGGCCGCACUGCGGGGGGGCAGACGUACUCAGGCAGACAGGGGCCUACCGUGUGCCGCCAAGGCCGGGACAGCUCCAAGCGCCCCCAAGGACUGGCCUCAGGAGUUGGCGCCCCCUCUUCCUUCUGAGGGGGAGGAGGGGUUGCCCCCAGGGUCUAAGCCCUCCAGCCCUACCCCAGGGGAAGCCAGAGUGCGGGCCUCGAAGCCCGAAGACCCCUGGGCUCAGCGAAAGUGCGUCUUGGUCGCCCAGGUGGCCCCGAGGACCACGGCCCACUCUCACUUUCUCUCUGCCCGUUCCUGGCAGGGCUCUCCCUACGACCACACUCCGGGCAUGGCAGGCUCCUUGGGGUACCACCCGUACGCGGCGCCCCUGGGCUCAUACCCGUAUGGGGACCCCGCUUACCGGAAGAACGCCACCCGAGACGCCACCGCUACGCUCAAGGCCUGGCUGAACGAGCACCGCAAGAACCCCUACCCCACCAAGGGCGAGAAGAUCAUGCUGGCCAUCAUCACCAAGAUGACCCUCACCCAGGUGUCCACCUGGUUCGCCAACGCGCGCCGGCGCCUCAAGAAGGAGAACAAGAUGACGUGGACGCCGCGGAACCGCAGCGAGGACGAGGAGGAGGAGGAGAACAUUGAUCUGGAGAAGAACGACGAAGAUGAGCCCCAGAAGCCCGAGGACAAGGGCGACCCCGAGGGCCCCGAAGCAGGAGGAGCAGAGCAGAAAGCGGCUUCGGGCUGCGAACGGCUGCAGGGGCCGCCCACCCCCGCCGGCAAAGAGACCGAGGGCAGCCUCAGCGACUCGGAUUUUAAGGAGCCUCCAUCCGAGGGCCGCCUGGACGCGCUGCCCGGGCCCCCCCGCGCCGGCGGGCCCUCCCCGGCUGGGCCUGCGGCAGCUCGGCUGACCGAGGACCCGGCCCCUCACUACCCCACCGGUGCGCCGGCACCCGGCCCACACCCAGCCGCGGGAGAGCUGCCCCCCGGUCCCGGAGGGCCCUCGGUCAUACACUCGCCGCCACCGCCGCCGCCGCCGCAGGCGGUGCUCGCCAAGCCCAAACUGUGGUCUCUGGCCGAGAUCGCCACAUCCUCGGACAAGGUCAAGGACGGGGGCGGCGGGAAUGAGGGCUCCCCAUGCCCACCGUGCCCCGGGCCGGUGGCCGGGCAAGCCCUAGGAAGCAGCCGUGCAUCGCCGGCACCCGCGCCAUCGCGCUCGCCCUCGGCGCAGUGCCCCUUUCCAGGCGGGACGGUGCUGUCUCGGCCUCUCUACUACACGGCGCCCUUCUAUCCCGGCUACACGAACUAUGGCUCCUUCGGACACCUUCACGGCCACCCGGGGCCCGGCCCAGGCCCCACAACGGGUCCGGGCUCGCAUUUCAAUGGAUUAAACCAGACCGUGUUGAACCGAGCGGACGCUUUGGCUAAAGACCCGAAAAUGUUGCGGAGCCAGUCCCAGCUAGACCUGUGCAAAGACUCUCCCUAUGAAUUGAAGAAAGGUGGUGGAGGCUCUAUCAGCCUGGGUCCCAGACUGAGGACAACAUGGAGCAGCGACCCCUGCUGACCCUCGAUGGAUAUGCGCCGUGAGCAAGGAAUAAACCUUUGCUGUUUUAAGCCGCUGAGAUUGGGGGUCAUUUGUUAUAACAGCAGAGCGUAGCCUAUCCUGAAUAAUAUAUUCAGAAUUUUCCUCCUCCUCUCUUCUUUCUCCUCCUUUCCCUCCUUCUCCCAUUGCUGCCCUGCUCUGUCCAGCAGUCUUACAUAACUGUUCACUUAUCUUCUGUCAACGGACUAUUAAAAGGCUGAUUGGUCAUCUCCUGCCUUCCCAGUGACAUUCAAGUGGACAUUGGCAGGAGAUCACCAGCCUGCCCCAUAAAGCCGUGCCCCUUCCUCGCCACCAGGGCCCAUCAAUUACAGCUGUCAGUCAGUCAGCCUCCCCAGCACUGGCCUCAGCAGGAGGCAACUUCCUAAUCAAAUUACUGGACUCAUGGGGCUCCAAGUUCUGGGAUGAAACCUUCUCCAAGAAUGCCCAUUUCAUUAUCUUAGGAAAAUUUACAAGAUCCUAAAGAUUGUGCCAUGGUGGUCAUAAUAAUACUCUGCCAAGAUUAAAAAAAAAUUGACAAUUGAAAUUUUCUAUACAUCAGCCUUCACUAUUAAUAUGUAAUUUCUAGAGCUUAUCAAUCAGUGAAGCUGAUGUAUAAGAUUCUGCAGCUGGGGUGGAGGUUUGGCAAUGAUUAAGUUCUUUAGCAAGCAGAAAAGGAGCAGUAAAACAUUCCUGACACUUGAAAGUGAUCAUCAGGAAUAGGUAUGAUGCUUGUAUAGCUCAGGAGUCUCAACCUUCCCUACUGACAUGGCCAGAAAGCCAUGUGAAUGGGCGAGGCAGGUCAUAUGGGAGUGAUGGCAACUGUGUGGGACUUCAGGUUGCUGCCUUUUCUACGUUCAGUGCUGGCGGAUUGUCACCACCCAGGAACACAGACCCAAGGUUGCUAGUUCUUUCCAUUUAUUUUUUUUUUUUUCAGGGAAAGUGGAAAUCCAUACAAAUCAUCGACUGCAUCACAUUUUCCAAAAUACUCUGACAUCCAAACUUAGUGGGUAGAUGGUUUCAUAGACCAUAACUCGGUCACCCUUAUUAGCUCUUCCCAUUUUGCAUUAUGUCCAUUUUCCAGAUUAGGCAACUGAGGCUCAGAUAGGGAAAGUGAUCCACCCAAAAGGACACAGCCAGACUCUGAAACUCAAACCCAUUCCUUCUAACUACUUCUCUUCCUCUUGUGUCUCUGCUGUUUCCUCAGAGCUCAGAGGGUCUAACUCUUCACCAAAGACUCAUGUAUCCACUUCAGUUAUUGAGGCUGUCCGUGCAAAGCAGCCACCAGCUGGGACUACAUUUCCCAGCCUCUCUUCCAGGGGAGGUCAUGUGACUCGUUCUUGCCAAUGCCAGGAAUGAUAUGUACUAUUUUUCAGGCACCAGCAGUUUGCCUUUCCCCACCUUCUCUUCCUCCUUCCACAGCUCGCUGUGGGUGAACACGGCAAACAUGGAAACCAUUGUUGGAGACAAAAGGACCACAAGACAGUGAGUCUGGGUUCCUGAUCAUCAUCUGCAAGAGAGACACCCCCAGUCAGGAGCACCCAUGUUGUACUUGACAUCAGGGAUAAAUAAACUUCCACUAUAUUUAAGCCAU